ACGGACCCCGAUGGGACCCCGCGCGCUGGUGGCUCCUCCCGUGCCCGGAGCCGCCACCCCCGGAGGGGGCCCAUCCCAGGGCCGUGGUGCGCGCGCGACCCACAUGCUUGGAGACCCUUCUCCAAGCCGGGGCCCCUCGUGGGAACCCCGCUGGGAACCGUGAGCCCCUCCAUGGGUCCUAGGUUUAGGAUCCCCAGUUCUCAGAGAAGGUCCUGAUGUCAUUCACAUGCUCCCCAAAGCCUUGCCUCAGUUUACCGCUCGGUGUCUGCCGCUGUGAAUUCGACCGCGUGGUGUCGGGGUCAAGAUGGCAGUGUGUCCAGCCACGGGGAGGGGCGGGGGUGGGGUCGCGUCACCCGAGGGUCCCGGGAUCCUCGCGCGCUUCCCAGAAAGGGGAUGCUGUACCCCGGCCUCGCCGCACGGCUCAGGGGAGUGGCCCGCGUCUCGGGGCCGCCACUUCCGGCGACGCCAGACCCCACAGUCAGCUCCAGGCGGACUGGGCUAGGCGGAGGCACCUGGGUGGCUGUGCGGGGUCCUGAUCACCCGCGGAACCCUGAUGCAGCGCGACGUAGGGCCCGGAAGGCGCUUCCUUCCCCGGGGCUCACUUGGGCGCGAGCGGUGGAGCACACUGGUAACCCCGGCGCUCACUUGGGAGGCUGAGGCAGAAGCUCCGCGAGUUCAAGGGUUGCCUGGUCAAUGUAGCCCGUCUCAAAACAAAAAACAAACAAACAAAAAAAGCGGAAAUGUAGCUUGGUGGGGCAACAGCGCCCCUGGGCUCCUUUCUCAGUCCUGGGGGCGGGGAAGGUUGGAGCCCGAGGCCCUCCUAAAACAUUGGGGGAGGUCUUAGCAGACCCUUUCUAUGACGGUCAUGCUGUGUGUCCCGGACGCAACGUGGACUUUAUCUCUGCUCUCUCCCUCUUUUUCUGUUUGCUCGGCCCGAGCUCGCUCUGCAGAGCCAGUUUCUCCCAAUCCGUCGGUUGGGCUUCCUUUUUUUUGUUUUGGGUUUUUUUUUUUUUUUUUUUUGUCUCUAAUUUGCCAACGAUUCUCUUGCCUCAGCCUCCGAGUGCUGGAUUAUAGAAGUGCGCCACCACGACGGCUGGUUUUGCUUUCUUGAAUAAAUUUUGCCGCUGCUUAAAACAAAACAACACAACACCAAACGCGGAAGGGACAGCGCUGGCGCGGCUGCCGCCUGGGCUGGGUUGGGCUGAGCCGGGCUGGCUCGGCCCCUGCUGCACUCUCAGACGCACGCUGGCCCUGGCUUGGGAUUGGGGGUUCCUCAAUCACCCCAGCCCAGCCCUCCCCUCAGCUGACUGCACCUGCAGCCCUUUCCUGUCUGCUUGGGUUCCCCGUCUCGCACUGAGGCGUUGCUGUCUCGAGGGGUCCCCAUGGCUCCGGGUUAGGCUCCGGGGGUAUCUGCCCGGGUGUGAUGGGCGCCGGAGCCGCAGCGCUAAACGGCGCCACCAGAGGGCGCCAUCACCCCACGGACGCGCUCAGGCACGCCCCCCGCGACAGCUUCCUGGUGGAAACUGAGGCCCGGAGGAGAGUUGCGAGGGCAGGCCGGUGACGGCAUAGAGAUGGGGUCGUGCUCGAGGUACGGUGAUCCGUGCGGGCCCCACUAGGCCCAAUCUUAUCUCCCGGCCCUCGAGAGUGGAAACUCAGGUUGAAAGGUAGUCCCCAAUUUGGACUGGACGUGCUUCGGGUCCGGUCUGCAAGUGUCAGCCGGUUGAUGAUUAAGCCGAGUACAGGCGGCUGGCGCGGGAACUCCGUUUCUUCUGCCGUGUUACGGGACACGGAGAGACCCGGCCGCUUCUGCGCGCAGCCGCGCGGGGCGGUGUGUGUUUUGCUCCACGCCAGUGUGCGGAGCCACGCCCCCUUCUGGCCCUAUUGGUUGACUCCCUCCCUGGGUGGGCGUGGCUUGCGUCUGCGGUCACGCCCUCCUCCCGGCCGUAUAAAAGAAACGCCAGCGAGCUGCUGGAGUUGCUGGCCUGUUCGGCGAGUUUGCUUUCGCGUUUGUACCAGCUGUGAGUUUGAGACCCGCGACAGCAGCUCCCCUGCCCGUGUCUCCGCGCCGCGGGUUCGAGGCCCGGGUGUGUGCGUUCAGUGUAUUCGCUUCCCUGCCGAGGCGGGAUGCUGUUCGACAAAGUGAAGGCGUUCGCCGUGCAGCUGGAGGGCGGGACGGCGGGCGCGGAGCCCGUAUUCAGUGGCGGCCAGUGGGUGGCGGGCCGGGUGCUGCUGGAGCUGGCGAGUGCGGUGAGCGCCGGCUCCCUGGAGCUGCGGGCGCGGGGCCGCGCGCACGCGCACUGGACCGAGUCGCGCAGCACGGGCUCCAGCGUGGCGUACACACAGAGCUACAGCGAGCGCGUGGACUUCGUGAGCCACCGCGCCACCCUGCUGACUUCAGACACAGGCGAGCCCACGACCCUGCCCGCCGGGCGCCACGAGUUCGCCUUCAGCUUCCAGCUGCCCCUGACCCUGGUGACCUCCUUUGAGGGCAGGCACGGCAGCGUGCGCUACUCAGUCAAGGCCACGCUGCGCCGACCCUGGGCCCCCGCGCGCCGUGCCAGGAUGGUCUUCACUGUCAUCGAGAGCCUGGACAUCAACACUCCCGCGCUGCUGGCACCCCAAGCUGGAGCCCGGGAGAAGCUUGCCCGCUCCUGGUACUGUAACCGAGGCCUGGUGUCCCUGUCCGCCAAGAUCAACCGCAAAGGCUACACCCCAGGAGAGGUGAUCCCCAUCUUCGCCAAGGUCGACAACAGCUGCACGCGCCCUGUACAGCCCCGCGCAGCCCUGGUGCAGACUCAAACGUUCAUGGCCAGGGGUGCCCAGAAGCAGAAGUGCCUAGUGGUGGCCAGCCUGGCUGGGGAGCCAGUGGCCCCAGGGCAGUGCGCCCUGUGGCAGGGCCGGGCACUACACAUCCCCCCAGUGGGGCCCUCCAUUCUGCACUGCCAUGUACUGCGUGUGGACUACUCACUUAAGGUUUGCGUUGAUAUACCAGGUUCCUCGAAGCUGCUCCUGGAGCUGCCCCUGGUCAUCGGCACUGUGCCCUUGUAUCCUUUUGGCAGCCGCACCUCUAGUGUGGGGAGCCACGCUGGCUUCCUGCUGGAGUGGGGGCUGAGCUCCCUGCCUGAGCAGCCUGAAGCCCCUCCAGAGUAUGCAGACGUGGUGACAGAGGAGGAGGAGGCGGCUGUGGCUGCCACACAGGGCACAAUGCCAUUACUGCCAGACACCCCCAUGAGCCUUGAAGGCCCCUACUUCGCUUACCUACAGCAGUGCCGCUACCACCCACCACCCCUGUACUCGGAGGCAUCACCCCCUGACUCACCGAAGUGUUAAACUCAGGAGGAUCCAAACCCACCUGCCCAGUCCAUGAGGCCUCGCUGCAUGACCUGCUGAGCAGUGACCAGACUCCUCAGGGAUGAGGCUACACAGACUUCAGCCACUGUGACCACAGAGAACUCCAAGGGCCAGCAGCUGGACUGCAUUGGAACCAGGGAAACUGAGUCUCGGCACAAGGAAGGCAGUGCUGAUCCAGCAUCACCAUCACGCAAGGUUAAAGACGAUCCCACCAGGACCCUGGCACAUGAGGAUGGAAUCAUUUGUCCAGCACAGCCCUCUGGGAAAUGUGAGCCUGGCAGUGCCCAGCCUGUGGCCAGUGCAGUCUGGGGGAGACAGAGCCAGAGCCAGACACAGACACUUGAGAAAUCAGAGGGAGGACCCGGGAGAGUCCCACAGGGAAGCAGAGAAGGCUUCCUCGAGGACAUUUGAGCUGGGGCUUUGGCAUGUGAAUAGGAGCUCAGCAUCAGAUGAGCAGGAAGAGAAGGCCAGAGCUACGUGACAUCUGGCGGCCACCCUUUGAUCUCAGAACCAGGGUUCUUAAAUAGAGAGUCCCAGCCCAGGCCACAUCGUGAGCCUGGACAGGCAAGAGGACAGGGGACCAGGACUUGAGGCCUCGGUGGGGGCAGCGGCUGUGGCCUUUGAGCUGCUAGUUCCUAGCCAGCAGGCACCUCCCGAGCCCUCAAGUCUCAGGCUGCUGAGAACCCAAGAGCUGGGGCAGGCCCGUGGCACAGAGGGCCUUCAGGACGCCUGGGGGAGCUGGAGAUCCCCACCUGGAUCCCCUCCCUGACUGGGGCUGGGCCGGGGGACUCGGCCAUCCCCCCCCAGGCUGUCACCCCACCCCUUUUGUACAGUUCUUUUUGUAAAAUAAAAGCGUGUACCAUGA